UUGGAGCGGAGCAGGCAUUUGAGAGCUCUGUCCUGGAUGCCGGAUAAUUGAGCUGUAAAAUGCAGAAUUUGCCCAGUGUGCGCCCGAGGAAUGCCAGGAGAGCUGCUUUUCCGUAGCCGUGAGGAUUGGUGCCGGGAGCGUGUGCUUUCUUUCACCUUUUAAGAAUUUCGGUGCUCAAAAUGCCGCACUUUGCCCGACCCCGAAAAGGCCUAUCUGAGAAGGGAAGAAUGAAAGCAAGAAAGGCCGAAAGAAUGUUGAGCGAUUCUGUAUGGUCAUAUAAUGGACGGAAACGGAACGCGGAAUCCCUGCAGUAGAUCCCUCGGAUGGCUUCAACGACAAGAUAACGAUGCUAAGCCAUGGCUUUGGAAAUUCUCUAAUUGCUUUUCUCGUCCCGAACAGACGUCGCAACUUAGUCCCAAAACGAAAAAUGACAUGGAGAACAAGAAAGUUGCCGUGGAGCCGAAGGAGACGCCAUCUCCUCUCCGUGUUGGCCCGAACCUCUUUCCGGCAAUCCCCCUCCCCGACAUUCGUCCUCUUCAGCCGCCUCCCAUCCAGCUCCCGGCUGGGCCCAAAGUAAGCUGCUGCGCUCAUUGCUCUAGUGACCCCUCGACCCCUCCGGUGCAUUGUGGUGGCGGAGGCUCGGGGAGCGGAAGUGCCGCUAGCUUGAUUCACGCCGGCACCGUGUUAGACUCGCCGGGCACCGGGACCAUCACGUGCCAAGUAGGGUCCGGGUUCGCCUAUCAGGCGGCCCCUUCGCUCAAGAACGCUCCGGCUAGGAACAGCCUGGCGGGCGUCGCCGGCGACUUUCCCGCCGUGUGUCUAGAAAGUAACCUCUCCGCCUGCAAGCACCUGCCCUGUUGCGGAAAACUCCAUUUCCAAUCCUGUCACGGUAACGUGCACAAGCUGCGGCAGUUCCCGGCUCUCCAGAGCUGCUCGUCUUCUGGCUAUUUCCCCUGUUCCGAGUUCACGAGCGGGGCCCCGGGGCACUUGGAAGAGCACGUGGCUCAGUCGGACCUCACGUCACACGUCUGCACCAACCCUUUGCGCCUAAACGUGGCCCCGUCGGUUUGUUUAAAGGGUUCUCACUACUGCGAAGACUGUUUAAGCAAGCCAGGAAGAAAUAGUAUAAUCGACGGGGCUAAAGUCUGGCCAAAUAUUCCACCUCCAAGUACUCAGGCUGCACCUCUCUCUAUCCCGCUGUGUAAUGGCUGUGGAACCAAAGGAACGGGAAAAGAAGCAACUUUGCUCCUGGCAACUAGCCUCGGCAAAGCAGCGGCGAAAUACGCUUGUCAAAUUUCCGAAGGAUCGCCCGAAGUUGCAAUAACAGCACAGGUGCUGGAAAACUUACCCCCUAUCGGAGUCUUCUGGGACAUUGAAAACUGCUCGGUUCCCACGGGCCGCUCAGCUGUGGCAGUGGUCCAGCGGAUCCGUGAGAAGUUCUUUAAAGGCCACAGAGAAGCCGAAUUCAUCUGCGUGUGUGACAUCAGUAAGGAAAAUAAAGAAGUUAUUCAGGAGCUGAAUAACUGCCAGGUGACCGUCGCACACAUCAACGCCACAGCCAAAAAUGCGGCCGACGAUAAACUCAAACAGAGUCUCAGGAGGUUUGCCGACACUCACACUGCCCCAGCCACCGUGGUCCUCGUUUCGACCGAUGUGAACUUCGCAUUGGAGAUUAGCGAUCUGAGACACAGACAUGGUUUCCACAUCAUUUUGGUACACAAAAACCAGGCCUCUGAAGCCCUGCUGCAUCAUGCUCACGAACUGAUCCGAUUUGAAGAAUUCAUUUCGGACCUGCCGCCGAGGUUACCCCUAAAAACUCCACAGUGCCACACACUGCUCUAUGUGUACAAUCUACCAACCAACAGAGACGGUAAAAGCGUCAGCAACAGACUCAGGCGGCUGUCAGAUAACUGUGGAGGGAAAGUCCUAAGCAUUUCCGGCAGUAGCGCGAUCCUGCGCUUCUUAAACCAAGAGAGCGCGGAACGUGCCCAGAAGCGAAUGGAAAAUGAAGACGUCUUCGGCAAUAGGAUCGUUGUGUCUUUUAUGCCCAAAAACAAAGAACUGAACGAAACGAAGAACUCCAACACCGUUGCUGAUAAGGUGAAGUCUCCCAAAAAGGUGAACAAGAACCCGAAGCUGUGCCUCAUCAAAGAUGCAAGCGAACAAUCUCCCAAUACCAAAACCAAUUCUGGAAGAGGGUUGCCGGCAAACUCCGGAUCUGCUGCGAAACACACAAACGUGAAAAGUUUACAGGAGCUGUGCCGCAUGGAAUCGAAGUCCGGUAAUAGAAAUAACGAACACCAGCAAGAUCCGACGAGAUUGGAAGCGCUUUCUCCACAGAAUAAUUCGCAUCCUGCCGGUGCAGAAAUUCCGACAACCAAAAAUGCGGGCUCAGCAGAAGCGAUGUAUAAAACCAGUCUGAAAAAGGAAAUUCUCACUACCCGAAGCAGUACCAGUUCUCCUAUGGAGAAAAAGGAUAAGGAAGAAAUCGUCUUCCAAGUCAGCUUCCCGUCCGCUUUCAGCAAGUUACCAGUGCCAAGGCAGCUCAGCCCUCUGCUCGUGUCUCCGAGUUGGUCGUCUCGCAGGAGUAUGUCUCCGAACCUCUUGAACAGAGCCUCUCCGCUUACGUUCACUGUGGCCAAUCCCGCCGGUGGGACAGACUGUCCUGACCCGUUUGCAAAUGGUGCUGAUAUUCAGAUCAGCAAUAUAGAUUACAGAUUGUCCCGGAAAGACCUACAACAAGUUUUGCAAGAAAUUUUCUCCAAGCAUGGCAAGGUUAAGAAUGUAGAACUUAGUCCACACACAGAUUAUCAAUUGAAGGCUACCGUUCAGAUGGAAAGUUUACAAGAAGCAAUCACGGCAGUCAAUAGCCUUCACCGAUUCAAAGUGGGCAGCAAAAGGAUCCAGGUGUCUCUGGCUACAGGAACUACGAACAAAUCACUCUCUUUGUUAAGCUCAGAAACAGUGUCCAUCCUUCAGGACGCCCCGGCUUGUUGUUUGCCUCUGUUCAAAUUCACAGAUAUCUAUGAAAAGAAGUUUGGGCACAAGUUGAAUGCGUCGGACUUGUCUAAAUUAACCGACAUCGUGGCGAUGCGUGAUCAAGGGAAUGUCCGGUUGGUGUGUCUGUUACCCAGCAGUCAAGCCCGACAGAGCCCUUUAGGGUCUUCCCAGUCACACGAUGGUUCGUCAACCAACUGCAGCCCUAUAAUAUUCGAAGAACUGGAAUAUCACGAACCCAUCUGCAAACAGCAUUGCCCUAAAAAAGAAUUUAGUGAACAUGAAUUUGAUCCAGACUCUUAUCAGAUUCCUUAUGUGAUUCUCUCUCUGAAGAAAUUUGCACCCCAAGUUCACGGUCUCCUGCAGACUCACGAGGGCACUGUGCCUUUACUAAGCUUUCCAGACUGUUACUCUGCAGAGUUCAGUGAUCUAAAAAUAGUGCAGGAAAAUCAAGGAGGGGUUCCCUUAGAGCACCUCAUUACCAGUGUGCCUGGAGUGAACAUUGCCACUGCACAAAAUGGCAUCAAAGUAGUUAAGUGGAUACACAAUAAGCCUCCACCUCCAUCCGCAGACCCUUGGCUUCUGCGAUCUAAAAGUCCCAUAGGUAACCCCCAACUUAUCCAGUUCAGCAGAGAAGUGAUCGACUUACUGAAGAACCAACCGUCAUGUAUCAUACCAGUUGGUAAAUUCAUCCCAACCUACCAUCACCAUUUUGCAAAGCAGUGCCGAGUGUCAGACUACGGAUAUUCCAAGUUAAUGGAAUUAUUAGAAGCCGUGCCUCACGUGUUAGAAAUCCUUGGAAUGGGCUCCAAACGCUUGUUGACCCUAACCCACAGGGCCCAAGUGAAGCGCUUUACUCAAGAUUUACUGAAACUUCUCAAAUCCCAGGCCAGUAAACAGGUUAUUGUGAGAGAGUUCUUACAGGCAUAUCAUUGGUGUUUCUCAAAGGACUGGGAUGUUACCGAAUAUGGCGUAUGUGAGUUGGUUGAUAUAAUAUCAGAAAUUCCAGAUACGACAAUCUGUUUGUCCCAACAAGAUAGUGAAAUGGUGAUCUGUAUCCCCAAACGAGAACGCACCCAGGAAGAAAUUGAUAGAACAAAGCAGUUCUCUAAAGAGGUCGUUGAUUUGCUGCGCCAUCAGCCUCAUUUCAGGAUGCCUUUUAACAAAUUUAUUCCCUCCUACCAUCACCAUUUUGGUCGUCAGUGCAAGCUUGCUUAUUAUGGGUUUACCAAACUACUCGAACUUUUUGAAGCCAUACCAGAUGUUUUACAAGUAUUGGAAUGUGGUGAAGAGAAGAUCCUUACAUUGACAGAGGUAGAGCGAGUCAAAGCUCUGGCUGCCCAGUUUGUUAAACUUCUUAGGUCGCAAAAAGACAACUGCCUUCUUAUGACCGAUUUGCUUACAGAGUAUGGGAAAACCUUUGGCUACACCCUGCGCCUCCAAGAUUACGACGUCAGUUCAGUUCCGGCCUUAAUGCAGAAACUUUGUCAUGUCGUGAAGGUUGCUGACACCGAGUCUGGGAAACAGAUUCAUCUGAUAAAUCGAAAGUCCCUCCGGUCUCUCACUGCCCAGUUGCUAGUGUUGUUGAUGUCUUGGGAAGGAAAUUCCUUUCUUUCUGUUGACCAGCUCAAGAGGCACUAUGAAACUCUCCACAGUGCUCCCCUCAACCCCUGCGAAUAUGGAUUCAUGACCUUGACGGAGCUCUUGAAGAGUCUGCCUUACUUAGUUGAGGUUUUUACCAAUGAUGUGGCAGAGGAAAACGUGAAACUCACCAGUCUCUACCUGUUUGCGAAGAACGUGCGGGCUCUGCUCCAAACUUACCACUACCAGCAAAUCUUCCUCCAUGAAUUUCCUGUGGCCUAUACCAAAUAUGUAGGAGAAGUAUUGCAGUCCAAGUCUUAUGGCUAUAACAGCCUAGAAGAACUCUUGGGAGCUAUUCCACAGGUUGUCUGGAUAAAGGGCCAUGGUCAUAAGAGAAUUGUAGUAUUAAAGAAUGACAUGAAAAACUGUCAAUUUUUCUCUCCUGUAGCUCGUUUUAGUUCACCCAAUUUUUCCCCUGACAAUCAUGUGAAUGACCCUGGAAGUCAGCCAACAGACGGUGGCGGACUCAUUCCGGAGAGACCUGCAUCCUGUGCCUCCUUGGAACUGAAACUGGGAAUAUAUAGCAACGGUCCUAAUCAGACAGAACAGGAGCUCCUGUGCCUAACCAAUACAUCCCCCAUCGACCUCUUGUGUGAACCAGUCCCUUCCUGCUUGCCUUCCCCGCAGCUGAGGCCUGAUCCGGUGGUCCUAGAGUCUGCUGACCUCAUUCAGUUCGAGGAACGUCCUCAAACCCCCUCUGAAACGACGCUUUUAAGAGAAGGCGAAGGAAAGAAAAUGACAGCAAGCAAAGAAGAGCAGACACGCCCUGACCUCGGGGCAGCCGAAACCCCGGAGAACCUCCCAAUGCCUCCCUGUCCAUCCUCCGAAACCCCGGAGUCUCGGCCGAGCAAGGAUGCGACGGAAAGCCCGGCCAAAAGACAACACAAAAACAAAGUGAAAUUGGCAGCCAACUUCUCCUUUGCGCCUAUAACCAAGCUUUAACUUUUGAUUUUGACAUAGAAUUAGAUCACAGAAAACUGUCUGACUCUGCACACAAAAAUAGGUUCAAAGUUAUCCGCCCUUCCUUUCACGUUUUAACGGAAACCCCUUACGGUCCACUAAAUUUCUAUUUAUUGGUAUAGUCCACCCCGUUUUGGUUCCUUUUUUACCCUGAACACAGUUUCCAGCGGAAAAAGUUUUUUUUAAAAAAAAAUAUGAUUUGAAAGAAAGAAAAAACUUUCCAGCACUGAUUUAAGAAUCCUUGAGAUAUUUUUACCAAAUUUUCUUACUAGUUACAAAUCAAAUGGUGUUGGGUGAAAAAAGAAAGGGCUACUAAUUCAGCCAGAAAGAAAUGGGUUUAAUUUUCAACCGAGCCUCACGAGUGGUAUAAUCGUGCCCCGAUCGACCGAUAUUCUCUAGGCCAUUGCUUACUGAUGUUAUUUUUGAACAGUAUUAACCAAUGAAUUGUCUUGAAGCCUGUUAAGCGAUUUAAAAUGUGUUAAAGCACACUGGACUGGGAUGAGCAGAUGGGAGGUUUUGAAAGCAUUUGCUUCCGUGUGACUUGUAAUUACACCUCGUCGUUCAUUUAAAGGUGUCUCUAGACGGUGACUGUGGCUUCAUUACCAGAUUUGUUUUAAACGAUCUUCGGCAUUUUCGAUUCCGUCGGGGAGCUUUCCGGGAAGUUUGAGGGUGUUCUGAGCUUCCCUUUUAGGUCGAGUUUCAGUUUGCCAUGAACUGGGUUAAGGAAAACGGAGGUGGUCUCGGAGCGCCACGGAAGUGUUCGGAUUACAGCGCACGUGCGAUUGUGUGUCGAGGCAGGAUGGGUCAGGAUGGUUCUGAUUUUCUAAAAUAUGCAUCAGUUGCAUAAACUAUCACAGAGCAGGCGAGGAGAAAUACUUUAACCAAAGAGGUAGCGAUACUAUUUCCACUGGAAGGAGACAGAGAGAUUCUAUCUGCACGUGAGAAGGCCGUGGUGGUUCUGUUGACUCUUGCGUGUGACAUUUUAAAGCAGGUUUUGGCCAUUGGGAAGCUUUGUGUGUGUGCGCGCGUGUGUGUGUGUGUGUUUGUGUGUAUGAGUGUGUGUGUGUCUGAGCGAGGAGAGAGAUGGCAUAUUGUCUUUUAACUGUGCUGUUUUUAUUCUGAUGGCUACUUCUAGUGUUGGAAGCGUACUGAGUCGUGGUGUUUUGUGUUGGCGUUUGGAAAAGCCAGCCUGGAGGCAGCACUCCACUAGUGGAAUGACCGUAUUUGGAGUUGGCUGAAAUGUCCAGUGACAGAAGGCCUCUUACCCCUUCUGGGUAAACCUGACAUUUACAAUGGAUUGUAUUUGUCAGGCAAAGAGACUACAUUGCUCACAAUGCGGAAAAAACCUGUCGCACAACGUCGUCCACUAGUCGAACGGUUUCUUUUUCAGAGGGAAUAUAUUUUGUAAUGUACAAGAAAGGCGGAAAACGGGCUCAGAUUUCAUAGCCAGCAUUUGGAAAAUGCCACUGAAUAAGGGCUACAGAGAGAAUUUUACAAGGUAGAUUUUGCUGAAAAAUCUUUUAAAAGAAAGCUAGGCAUCCCCAGUACUAAACGCAUAGCCAACACUAAGAGAGACAGACAGACAGACAGACAGAGAGACACACACUGGAAAGGUUUUUCUGAGUGUUACGGCGCAGUAUGAGACCUUUCAAUGUGCAUUUCCUCUACACGCGGAGAUGGUUACAGGAAGAGGAAAUUCAGAUGAACGGAUUGUUUUAAGACUGCUUUUAAAAGACUUCAUGAAUGUUGAACAUCUGUCACCUUCAACGUGGACUUCACAUGAUAGGAUUUGUGCAUUUUGGAUCUUUUGUUGACCUGGAAAAAAAAAAAUUGGUACAAUUAGACGAUGCAAGAGGUGUCAUUACUAAUCACGGGAAACAGUCCAGGACAGCAGGCUCUCAAGGUCAUAAGGGACAAAAGAGUCACAGCUCUGUGCUGUCGAGGGAACGUGGGGGAUUAUGCCACUCGUGGAGGUCAGCAGGUGCUCCUGGCAAGGAGGAAAGUGUAUUCGGAGGAAAAUUAUGUUCAUGAUGUGUAUUACACGACGGCCAAUCUUACUGCAAUAUCAUUUAGUCCAAAGACUGAAUCGAAUGAUGUGACUUACUGAUCUGAAAGAAUUAGGACAAUGACAUGCUCGGAUUUCCAGUUGGAAAGAUAUACCGAUUUAUAUUUUGCCAAUUCGAAAAGGCCACCACCAAAUUGUCAGAGAGACUCCCCUUCUGCCUUGCACUGUUGGAUUUGGGUUGGAGGGAGGGAGUGAUUUCCUUAACUGUCUACUUUGUUUGAACACUACUUUGUGGUUCAAGUGCUGUUUUGUGUGUUGGGACCAAACAGUUGUCAAAUAAAAUUUACAAGCAAGCAUA